AUGUCAUUCUAUCGCAGAAAGAGUCAAAGUCGACACGAGCGUUAUGAAGCCAGAAACGGACCAGUUCCUCAGCCUAAUCACCACACGCACACGCAAGGAGGGCCUUCAAAUACCCAUGUUUCGCAGCCCAGGGCAUACCCUACAGAUAUCGAACAAAGUAUCAAGGCUGUUCAACAAUUUAUCGCAGCACUCAAUGGAUAUUAUAUAAACACAUGCUGCCGCCACGGAAGAACGUUUGGGAUGUGGGUGCUACUGGCCAGGUACGAUGAAAUUGAACUGGAGAUACAGGCAUCCAGUUCGAACUCCGAGGACCCGUACCAGCAGCGACAUCUGUCGAGAAGAGGGAGAACAGGCACGAACGAUUCAAGAGGUGUUGGUUACGCGGAUGACGGCCAGGCCAACCCUUGGGCGACGGCUUUUUAUGGAGGACGUGCAGGUCCCCUCCGAUUCCGCAGCUCCGAUUCAAAGAUCGAUAGCUUCUUGGCAACAAUUUUGCAAGCUGUGAGAACAAUGAUACCUAGCAACAACAAUAAAAAUUUGCCGCCCGAGCUUCGAGGAAUGUUCCAGCUCAGUAUGCUGAUUGACAAAUUAGCGGAACUGUUGCGCAACGACUCUCUUGAAGACAUCACUUCGCGUACGGAAGUGUACAUGGCCGCGUUUCAAUUUGUACGAAAGCUGGGGGAUCAUCCCGAGUUGAUCGUUCUGCUUCAAACACCUCGUCAUCAUAAACAAAAGACCCCUGGGUUAGAGGCCCUUACUCUAAGAUCAGGUUCAGGACUGAAUGGAGCUGGACAGGCUUUGAGUUUAGGAGAAACCAUACCUUCAGUAGCUGAGAAACUGCAAAAGUUGGCUAAACAAAGCGAUAUCGUGCUAAGCACCAAGGAGAGUGAGGAUCUGACCUCGAGAGGAGGAAAGGAAAUGCUUGAUAUUUGCAAAGAAAUAGCCGCUGUAUACGCAGCAAUAGCCGCAGGCAAUGUCCAAUGCGAAAAUAACGCUCAAUCGGUGGACCAAUAUCAGGCCUACCACCAAAACCAUUGCGUUACGAGAGAUGAGAGUAUUCUGACUAGAGGCCAUACGUUUAGUGCGGUCGCAUCCCGCAUGGCAUAUUCCCCGCCAGGCCGGAUGAAGCGCUUGCUGGCCGAACUUGCCAAUAUGGCAACCUCGCUUCCUGUUGGAAUAUUCGUCAAAGUGAGCGAGAGUCGCCCGGAUAUAAUGAGAUGCCUCGUCAUGGGCCCGCCGGAUAGCCCAUACGGAUAUGGGCUUUUCGAUUUGCCUGUCACUUUUAGGAACAUGGAAAGAAGGCGACGCUGCCGCGCAAUGGCAACCCGGAAAAUCCACCAUUCUCUCUGUGCUGAUCAGCAUUCAAGCCAUGAUUUUCACGGAAGAUCCCUUCAGGAAUGA